UCGUUGGUAUUAGAAGCUGCAUUAAGAAAUGUGGUAAACAACCAACAGAACGGGAGUCGUGAGGAAUUGCCGCAAAUAACACAAGCCUUUUUGUGUGUUAUUUGCAUAAAUAUCUGGACACGUUUUGUUUUCCCCGUUGAAGUCGCUCCGCUGUAUCUUGCAUCUUGCUCUUCAUGUAUAUCUGGUCACGUCAGCCCCCCCUCAGACACAUGAGUGCUGUAUUCUCCUCGUGCUGGGCCAAGCGCCAUGCCUGACCGGGACAGUUCCUACCUGUCAGGUGGUGGUGGGAGUGGUGGGAGUCUUGGGGACGAAGGAGGACCUGGAUCUGGUUUGGCUGGGGGGUCUACAGAGGGCAGAGGGGGUUCAGGAGGAAGCGUUGGUGGCGUCGCUGGAUCUGGGGGAAUGGGGGGUGGAGGGGCUCUCGGGAAUGGGAACAGUUGUGGGAAUGGUGGAAGUGGGGGUCCAGGUGGACUGGCACUGGAUGGUGUCUGCAGGGACUUCAUACGCAAUGUGUGUAAGAGGGGGAAGCGCUGCAGGUUUAGACACCCGGACUUUAAUGAGGUCCCCGACCUGGGGGUGCAGAAGAACGAGUUCAUCUUCUGUCAUGACCAUCAGAACAAAGAGUGCAUGCGCUCCAAUUGCCGCUUUGUCCAUGGAUCUAAAGAGGAUGAGGACUAUUACAAGAAAACUGGAGAGCUACCCCUCAGACUACGAGGAAAAGUUGCAGCAAGGCUGGGCCUGUCCCCCAUGGACCUUCCCCACAGCCGAGGAGAGGUCCCAAUCUGUAGAGAUUUCCUGAAAGGGGAAUGCCAGAGGGGCAAUAAAUGUAAAUUUCGUCAUGUUAAAAAAGAUUACGAAUAUGAGCCUAGCAGAGUCGGGGUAGGUGGUGUUAUGGGACCUGGGGCAAGUGGAAUGGUAAAUGGUGGUGGGAGCAUAGGUGGGGGUGGAGGAAGUACCUGUGGAGGAAUGCCAGGACUUGUGGGUGGGGGAGGCGGAAGUAAUAUAAUAGGAAUGGGUUGUCCUAGUCUUGGUGGCUGCAGAGACGCAGGUAUAUCCGGGGUUGGAGGAGUAGGAGGAGGAAGUAUGAGUGGUUGUUUAUCCAUAGGGUCUUCAGGACAGCGACGAUAUGACAGGAGCUCAUGCUCUGUGUAUGACCCUAUACUUGAAAGUGGGCUCUUUGAUGCCGGCUCUCUGGAGGCCUCUAUGGACCACACUACUUUGCAGUUGAAACGCAGGCGGCUGGAAGGACUGCGUCUGACAGAUGGCAGUGGAAGUGGGCAUUAUGAGCUGGGAGUCCAGGCCACGUUACCUCCACGCCCUCUGGAGUACAGGUUCCUAGAGGAGGAGAAUUCCCUGCUGAGGAAGAGAGUGGAGGAGUUGAAGAAGCAGGUUUCUAAUCUCAUUGCCACAAAUGAGGUUCUCCUGGAGCAGAACGCCCAGUUCAGAAGCCAGGCCAAGGUGAUGACGCUGUCUUCUACUCCUGCCCCCACUGAGCAGAGUCUGGCGCCCCCUGUGGGUGCAGUAAGUUCUUACAACCAUGGCAUUGCCCAGACUCACACCACCCUGAGCAGUGCCGGACUGCAGCCUCGUCCUGUCACUCAGCAGGACCUGGUAGCUCCCACCGGGGCCCCAGCAGCACCCCCCACCAAUGCUGCCCCUCCUACAGCUCCUCCGCCCCACCUCAAUCCUGAGAUCACCCCCCUCUCUGCUGCCCUUGCACAGACCAUUGCCCAGGGGAUGGCACCUCCUGUUUCUAUGGCUCCGGUGGCUGUUUCUGUGGCACCAGUUGCUGUCUCUAUGACUCAGCCUUUGCCUGGUAUCACAAUGAGUCAUGCCACCACCCCAAUGGUGUCCUACCCGAUUGCUAGCCAAAGCAUGAGGAUCACCACUUUGCCUCACUGAGACUGUAAUGCUUACAAGACUGACUGUACAUCAUCAAAGGGGAUUUUUAGCCUAGAGUGUGCCCUAUUAUUUGUAUGAGACUUUACUGAUGAUACAGCAGUGAGACAGACACUCAAACCUCUCCUCUAGAAGGCAGGAUAAAGACGUCUCUGUUUUAUCCCCUCCCCAUGUGUCAACAAAGAGACAGUUUUCCUACAGGCCGUCUGUCCUCUGAACUUAGUGUGGCAAACGUCUGUGCACCAAAAAUGGCAACAAACUGAAAACAUUAAAGGUCAUCCAUAGCCUGAAGCAUUUCUGCAAGACUGCUGUACCGUCCCCUAUGGGGGGGGGGGGCAUGAAGAUUAAAAGCAGCUUGUGUUUAUAUUUUUGUGGAUUGCUUUGGUGUAAAUGAACUUUGGUACUUUGCACAUUUCAGAAAAGAAUAACAACCACUCAACAAUGAA